GAGGCGGCUGCCCGAGUGGAUAUCCGGCUGCGUCGGGAAGACGGUCCCCAAGCGGGGAGGCCGCCAACUUGAAAAGCGUGCAGGAGCCCGGGCUGUGGCCCUCGGGAAAGCAAACGUCACCUGUAGCACCUCAGUCCGUGUCGGCGGCGGCUUGAGUGAUGUUGGAGUCUGGUGGAUGGCUGUGCGGGGCAACUUUCUGUGGAUGAGGGGCGUUGUUGAAGCACCUCUGUGGGAGAAGGAGGGAGUGGGGAGUUGGACAGCGGCACUUCGGGAGAAGGGCUACCUGCCAACAUGUCUGCACCACGACUUCAGCGGUCGAUGUCUCGAACAGGUGAAAGUUUGUAUAAGGCAUUGGGAUUAGAGAAAGGAGCUACACCAGAGGAGAUCAAAAAGGCAUAUAGAAAGCUUGCACUCAAGUAUCAUCCAGACAAAAAUCCAGACAACCCUGAUGCAUCGGAAAAGUUUAAAGAAAUAAACAAUGCAAAUGCAAUUCUGAAUGAUGAAAAUAAGAAACGCAUCUACGAUGAGUAUGGCUCAAUGGGACUGUAUGUGGCUGAACAGUUUGGAGAAGAGAGUGUCAAAUACUACUUUCUGAUGAACAAGUGUUGGUUUAAGGCUCUAGUUGUAUUCUGUGGAGUCAUCACUGGGUGCUGCUGUUGUUGUUGUUGCUGCUUUUGUUGUGGAAAAUGCAAACCAUCAGGAGAAAUGGAAGAUUAUGAUAUUAUAAAUCCUGAUGACUUGGAGGCACAGAUUAAAGCAGAACACACUAGUGAAGAUGGGGAAAAGAUCAUUAUCACUCAACCAACAUCUAAUUCGGCCUCUGUAAAGGCAGAUGAACGACAUGAGGCAUCAGAGAAUUAAGGUGUAAAUGUCUCCAGCGUUCAGCCACAGUCUGAAUCAUUGGAAUCUUGAUUAACCCAGCUGUUAUCAGACAAAAAAUAUGGCUGCAGAAGUGAUAACUAGAAAAGGAGGAUCCAGAAUUUAUUUCAGCCAAACAUUUAAUUUUAAAUAUGUAUGUAACCAAGAUAUGGCAGUUUCCUGAGGGAUCUCUCUCUCACAACCAAUGCAUUGAAAAUUUUUGUAAACUCUACUUUUAUGUUGAUAAAUUCAUCUGCAAAUCAACUGAAUCAUUCUUAUAGGAAAUAACUUGUUUUAAACAAAGGACUCAUUGUGCUUAGUUUUUUUUUAAAUAGUUGAACUGAAAUCAUAACUUUAUACUUCAUUCCACUGAAUUUAUAACCGAGUAGAAAUGGUAAGGAAUUUCAACUUGCACUGAUUUUAGGCUUCAAAAUGAGAAGCUGCUUGUAAAGCACAGCUCAGUGUAAGUUAUAAAAUGCAGUUUUGGCUGUUGUAUACUUUUGCUGUGUUUAUCACCAAAGCUUGUCUUGUUCAAGGUGUAUAAUCAGAAUCAGGUUUCUUAUCACUGACAUAUGUCGUGAAAUUUGUUUUGCGGCAGCAGUACAGUGCAAUACAUAGUAUGCUAUCAAUUAUAAGAAACAUAUAAAAAAAAGUAGUGCAAAAAAGAGCAGAAAAGUUGUGAGUUACUGUUCAUGGGUUUAUUGUCCAUUCAGAAAUCUGAUGGUGGAGGGAAAAUGCUGUUCCUAAAAUGGUCUUCAGGCUCCUGUACCACCUCUCUGAUGGUAACAAUGACAGGGGGUCUAUAGUAAUGGAUGCUGCCUUCUUGAGGCAUCACCUUUUGAAGGUAUCCUGAUGGUGGGGAGGCUAGUGCCUGUGAUGGAGCUGGCUGAGUUUACAACCCUCUGCAGUCUUUUCUGAUCCUGUGUAGUAGCCCCUCCGUUCAUCAGUUAGAAUACUCUCCAUGAUAUAUAUGUAAAACUUUGUUGGAGUCUUUGGUGACAUACCAAAUCUUCUCAAAUUCCCAAUGAAAUAUCGUUGCUGGUGUGCCCUCGUCAUAAUUACAUCAAUAUGUUGGUCCUAGGAUAGAUCAUCUUAGAUGUUGUCAACCAGGAGCUUGAAACUGCUCAUCUUCUCCACUGCUGACCUUUCAAUAAGGACUGGUGUGUGUUUCCUCGACUUCCCCUUCCUGAAGUCCACAAUCAAUUCCUUAAUCUUACUGAUGUUGAGUGCAAGGUUGUUGCAACAUGACUCAAUGAGUCAUUCUAUCUCACUCCUGUAUGUUUCCUCAGCACCAUCUGAGACGAUGCCUGCAACAGUUGUGUUAUUGGCGAAUUUAUAGAUGUUGUUUGUGUUGUGCUUAGCCACAUAGUCGUAGGUGUAGGGAGAGUAGUGCAGUGAGCUUAGCACCCAACUUGAGGUGUGCCAUUAGGGAGAUUUAUUUCUGAUCUGCACUUACUGUGGUCUCCUGAUGAGGAAGUCAAGGAUCCAGUUGCAGAGGGAAGUAUAGAGGCCCAGUUUUUUUAAAGCUUAUUGAUUAGUACCGGGGUGUGAUUGUGUUGAAUGCUGAGCUGUAGCCAAUAAGCAGCAUCCUGACACACACAUUGCUGUUGUCAAGACCAAGUGGAGAGCCAGUCAAAGUGCAUCCGCUGUUUAUAUAGCAGUAUAAACACCACUAGUUGGUAGUUAUAUCAAAUUUUGUUUGGGAAUAAAAGUAUGUCUUUAAUAUUUCUGAUUUAGAAUUUAAAAAUAAGUUAAUUUAAUGUGCAAGAAUAUUUAAGCCUGCAAGUUUGGAAAUAUGAAAAAUGUGCAGCAGCUUUUGAUUGACCAUGUAGAUGUUUUUAUUUGAAUGACACAAAUUAUUAGAAUUAAUGUUUUAACAAAAUUAUUUUUUUUACAUUUGAUGGGUUGGUGUCUCUGUCAAGCUGUGUUCAUCUUAAAAGCAUCUGUUUGGCCUAAUAGGCCUGUUCAGCACAGCACUUUUAUUACUGAUUGAAAUCUGUGCCAAAUAGUUAAUAGACUGGAAAUGUUUGUGAAAAGAUUGAUUUUGUAAAAUAUCUAAAAUCUCUGUACACUUUUAUCAGCUAUAUUGAAAAUGUAAAGUUGCCAUUUGACUCCUCUUGAUAAGGUAGUCUGACCAAAAAAUUCUGUCACUUAAGUGUAGAAGAUGAAUGUUAGUUGUGAAUUCAGUGCUGCUAUCUAUUGUCAGGAUUUUAAUUUUCUGUAAGUCAUUAUUUCCCUCCCUUUACUAUUUCUCCAAAUAAAUGUUGUAGUGGGACAACAUGGAUUCAUUUUUAAUUGGCAGAUCAAUCAUAGAGUUGCAAAUACCACAGGAAAUAAAACUUGUUAGUUAUAUAUUAGGAUUCUUUAACUCUUAGAUGCUGAUGUGUACUGCAAAACUAUUUCAUUGUGUCCCUUGUAACCUAUUGAAAAGUCAACCAUUGUUUGCGUUUGCUUGGAGUGACCAGCUGAGUUGCUUUAUAAAAUCUUUUUAUUUUUAAUCUGAUUCUUAGCAAUUGAAAGCGAGUUUCUAUAAUAUAUUAAGUUAGCAACUGAGUGAGAAAAUGCAAUUUGAUGGACCACUAACUCUGUGAUCCUUUGACCUGGACUUCGUGCACAGUUAACUAACUUUUAUAGCUAGAUCAGAUUUUACAAAUGCCAUUUAUGUAAAUAUAACUGCACAUUUAUCUGGAUUGUUUAAAUUUUCUACAGUGGUCAUUUAAAAGAAAAUAAAGCACUGGAAUUUAUGGUGAUUUUAUAAAACAAAUAGCUUCAAUGUGUUCACUUUUGUUUAAUCGGAAUUACCAACUGCUCUUUGUAUGGAAUUGGGCUAUUUUAUUGCCUGAAACUGAUAUUUUCCUCCCAUUUCUGGUCAUAAACAACCAAGUCUUCACGCUGCUUGUGGACUUUGAUCAUAGUUUUUAAGUUCAGCAAUUUAGCCUUGUUAAGCAAGUUUUGAUCUGCCACUAAGUAUAAUAAAAUUGUCAUACCAACUAAAGUAUUUUUACAAGAAUUGUAAAAUAUUAAUCAAUGCAAACAAAAUACUGUAUUUGAAAAAAAAACUUUAGAACUGGUUAUUUUUUGUCAGAGUAAUAGUAAAAAAUGGAAUGUAUGCUUCAUUUAUAAUGAAUUUAUAAACAGUUCAUUUUGCUAUGUAUGAAGUUAUUGUGUAUAAAGGGUAUGUGCAUAUUUUAAUGUAUAUGUUUACAGCUGACAAACCUAAACAAUAGAAGUUAUGUUGACCUACUGGUAGAACAAGUCUCAGAAGAAGCUGCAGUGUGUUACUGUGUCAAUGCUGCAGUUGCUAAAGAAAAAAUUUAAUUGUUUGAAAUAAUAUCACUGAGUUAUCCAAGUUUCUAGUAUCCCAUAUAGUAUAAAAUGUAAACUUGAACAAUAGAUUUAGCCAGUUUAAGUAAAAUCUCUAAAUAUCUUAUCAUUCCUGUUCCUGUCCAGAUACUGGAACGUGAGGGUCAUUCAAACAUACAAUAUUAUUUUUGUCCAUAACAGUUGCAUUGUCCUUGUAAGGACCACACUGAGAGUUUGAUGGUCCAACAAAUAAUGUCUGGACAUCUCUUCACUUAACCUUAUUUUGGGCAUUAAUCACUUCAAGGUUGUAUACUGUAGUGAAAGAGAAUAGCUGAAAUGUAAAUAGGUUUUGUAAAAUGCAUGGUAUUUAACUGGAAAUUAAUCAAAAUAUCUUGGCUAACAUUUCUUAUUCGUUAGUUUUCUAUUAUGUUUGUAGCUUUAAUGUUUGCCAUUCUUUAAUACAGUGGUUUGAAUUUCUAACACUCAAGCUUAUAAUCCGAGGUAUUGUUAAAAUAGGGUUACAUUUGACGCCCAUAUUUUGUCAGAUAAUGAACACAACUGAUUUUUCAGUACAAUCUAAGGACAGAGGGUGCUGUUUAGUAUCUUGAGUCUUUUCAGUGAUCAUCUGUGAUCUGGCUCCACAUAUUUGUUCCAUCUUCCCUAGGAUUGUAAUGUUUUAAAUCAGGAAUAAUUUAUUCUUUGACAAGGUUCAUGCCUUCUGCACAUUUUUUUUCCACCAUGGGUAAAAUCUUCUGUGGUUAAUGUAUUUAAUGAGUUAAUUUGAUAAUGAGGUUCUUGUCCUCUGCUCUGCAUAACUUUGGAUAAUCCCAACUUGUGUUUAAAUGAGAAGGUAUCAAACCACAGUUCUUUGUAUUUGAUUUUUGUUGAAGAUCGAAUUGCUGUAGCAAAGUGGAGUUUUGAACUUGGUGCUAUUUUAUUGCUCAUAGAAAAUGUACAGACUACUUCGCUUACUUACGACAAACACAGUCUUAACACACUUUGCAAUCAGUAUUUUUGCUGUAACCUUGAACGUUUAGAAGGUGCAUCAUAUCUUAUCAGUAGAUUCAAAGCAAAUUAAAUUGAUAAAGGUCUUGAGCAAUUAUAAUUUAAAAAAUGCAUUCAGUACUAGCCAAGCUAAAUCCAAACAAAACAACUUUGGUUUGUUUAGUAUGAGAAAGCACGUAGAAUGAAGAACAAAAUUUUACAAACAAAAUCAAUUAACUCCCUUCAAACUAUUUGCUUCAAAAAAUCUAUAUUUCCUGUUGACAAUUUAUUUUCAAUUCAUGGAUUCUUUGAAAUUACGAAGGUCAAUCCGAAAAUGCAUGCCUUUUUUCGUUGUCUCCAACUAUAACACGAGAGGAAUACAGGUUCCCUCAUCUGUGUAAUAAUUAUUAGUCCAUCCAUCAGAACAUUUAUAAGUAUGAUUUUCUAGGAAACUUGCUAUUUUUACAUGUGAUUUUUAAAAAUAUCAAAUAUACAAAUUAUAUAAAUUGCACUGCAAUUAAACUUUAGUUUGUAAUUUUAGUUUUAUAAAAUUAAAUUUAAUUUCUGUUUUUGCACUGUUUUCAGCUUCAGGAAUGGUUUCUGCUUUGCUUGUGCAAAUUAGCAGCAGGGGAAAAAUUGUUAUUUAGAAAUUGAGGUUAUAGCAUAUUGGAUAAGUCAAUUCUUAAGAAAAAUGCCUCCUUGUUUUAAAUGCCCACGUCACACGUGGGAGAUGGUGGUCAUAUAUCCUUGUGUACUCACAGCAUUAAAGACUUUUCAUUUAACAUGUUCUUGUACUUUAGCGCAUUUUCAAGAAUGAACUGUGUUAUGUGUCUGUUACAACAACAACCUGAUGUUGUCUCAGGACACAAGCAUAUUCCGAAGAAUGAUCUAGCUUUUGCUUACUAAAAUGAUCAGACUAGAGAUUCAUCAAUUCCAGAUAUGUAUCCUCACCACUGACACCCCCCCCCCCCCCAAAUCCCACAGCUGGCAGGUAUAAUAUCAAGCGGAGAAGGCACAAGCUCGGGGCUAAAUUCAAACAUAACUCUAAUAGUGUUUUUUUUAGUUCUGGGGUCCUUUACAAUCAGCAUUUUAAAAACCUAACACUUAGAAUCACAACUGCAUGUAACUGAAUACCUGGUACAUGGGCAUUGAACUUUUUCUUGGUCAUGAGAAAUGGAGUGUGAAAACAAACAGCAUGCCUUUACUGUCCUAUAGCCACAGUAGAACUCCAGAAUUUGUAAAAAGAAAUUUGCUGGUUAUGUAGAUUGUGACACAAAGUAAGCUUCUCCAAAAAAAAGCCUAUUGCCUUUGACGUUUUAUGCAACUGUGAUAAUGAUCAGUUGAUUUUGGUCUUAGCACCUUUUGAAAGAUAACCAACAAAAAGGAUGAAAGUGACCUGAAUUAUAGUACAAAUAAAACUCCUCCGAGGAAUUUAAGAAGUCAAAAAUGUUGUUAUUCCUUAGGCCCAGCAGCAUUAGGAGAAACAGCUGGGUGUUUCAUGUCAACUCCCUUGCAUUGGAAGUGGAUAAAGUUAGAAGUAAGUUGUACCAUGAUGCAGAAAGAAAUUGAUCUGCAGUGGGUUAGAAGGUGGGACUCAUUAAGUGACCAAUGGAUUGAUGAUGCAAAGCGAAAGGGCCAGUGUUCAGUAACUGAAACAUACAAUGGAUUGACUGAAUAUGUUGAAUCAUCAUCUGAAAUUGUUGGGACAUAACAUUUUGAGUUAUAAACAUGUAUUUUGUUUCUUCAGAAGAUGAAGUACUGUAUGUCAUUCCAGUGAUGUUCAGCAUUGGUUAGUAGGUUAAUUGGUCAUUAUAAAUUGUCCUGUGAUUAGGCUAGGGUUAAAUAGGUGGGUUGCUGGGCAGCGCAGGUGGUUGGGUUGGGAAGGCUUGUUCUGCACUACAUCUCUAAUUUUUAAUCUUCAUUGAGAAGAUUGAGGAAGAAUGAAGAGAAGUGACUGGGAGCUUGGGCACACGUUUUGGAUCUGGAAUAUUUGAUCCAUUUCUAUUAUAUAAUGAUGACUCUUUAAGUUUCUGGUUAGUCACCUGUCACUAAUUUUCCAUUCCUCUUCCAUUUUGAUUUCAGUCCACUACAUUGCUUCAAAGGGAAUAUGUAAACUCAGAACAAACUCAUCUUUUGACUCACCUUUUGGACUUCUGAACCCAACAUCCAGUUAUCAAUUUCAGAAUAGUUCCAUUUUCAUUCUCAGCAGCUCUAGAUCAAUCCUUAGUUUCAUUAUUUGUCCUGUUCCCUUAAGGGUUUUUGCCUUUCAUCAUCCCCACCUUUGUCAUUUCACCACUUCUCCUUUAUACCCUGUUACAGAUCUAUUGUUUAUUCUGCUCCUAAAAUUUGAUUAUCUGUAACUUUUUCCAGUUCUGGUGAAAGCUAAUUGACUUGAAAUGUCAACUGUUUCUCUGUUCAUAGAUGCUGUUUGUAUUGAAUAUUUACAACAAUUUGUGUUUUCAAGUCUAACGUGAAAUUAUUCAUCUAGGGAGCAAUUACCUGGGGCCUUGCAUUCUGGACAGUAAGUGAGGAAUAGAUGCAUGAACGUAGAUAGAAAUUUGUCUUUUAAAUUACUGCCUACAAUCUUACCAUCUGAAUUACUUCAGACAAAUUGAAUAUAAGCAUAGCAUUUCUGGGACUUUACUCUGAAUAAUUCACGAAAAGAUGACUAUUUAAUAAACUUGUAUAUGCAAUUUUGAAACUUGUUUUUUAAAGAAAUGAAUUUAAUUGUUUUGAAUUACAAAUAUAACACUAUGCAAUAUUACUUUGAUCUUCAAUCUUAAUGUAACUGAGCAUGUGCCACGUUAUUGGAAAAAUUAUAGAUUUUAUUUGUGAUUUUAUGUCCUUCAAAUUGUAGAUUUGAAAUAUAACUAGUAAUGGUACAUAUUUGGGAAUCAAGUUUUUGCAUUUAUCUAUAAUAUUUCUGCCAGACAUUAAUGCCAACUGAAGACUGUUUGGAGCUAUACACACAAAAUGCUGGAGGAACUCAGCAGGCCAGGCAGCAUCUAUGGAAAAGAGUACAAUCAACGUUUCGAAAUGUCGACUAUACUCUUUUCCAUAGAUGCUGCCUGACCUGCUGAGUUCCUCCAGCAUUUUGUGUGAGUUGUUCGGGUUUCCAGCAUCUGCAGAUUUUCUCUUGUUUGUGAAGAUUGUUACGAGCUUGUUUACCUGCUGCCGAACAUGUAGAUUGACACUCAUAAAUUGGCAUAAUAUUAGUGAAGCUUUUUCCUAGUUAGAAAUCUUUGAAACUAAACUUUACAAAACAAAAUUCAAAUGAGUUGGCAUUAAUAACAAAAAUAUUAUGUCUGCAUACUGUUUUUGAAACAGCAUAUUUCAAAAGUUAUUAUGAAAAUAUGGGACUGUUCUGGUAACAGGAGAUAUAUAAUGAAGCUUUUGUUAUGAAGCUUAUUUCCACUCUGCUUUCAUAAUUAUGUAUCCUUUUCCUAUCUCGAGCUUACUUAGCUUCUAACUUUUAAUAUGUCUGUGUCGUAAUGAAAAAGAUGCAUUGUCAUGAAGUCUGGGUAUAUUUAAUAAAUCGGGGCAUUGUUUUUUAAAAUUUACUACAUAAAGGUACAUUUUAUAAGGGGCUGUGUGACCUUGUAAUAUUAAUCUCGACUAGGCUGUAUAUGUAGUUAAUGUGAUGAAAUUAUAUUUUGUACAAUUUUGCUUCUUGAACUACAUGACAAUAAAUGUGAAUUGAA